UGUGUACUUUGCAACAAAUUGUUGUUUUAUGUGCUGAAGAUGAUGCAGCAGAAUGAUAACAGCAAUAUUUUAGAAACAACGAGAUACGCGUUAUACGUCAUUGGUGAAUUGAUACAUUUGUUCUUCCUGAGUUUCGAAGGGCAAAAGCUAAUAGAUCAUAGUCUUGAGAUACGCGACAAAAUAUAUAAUAGCUGUUGGUACAAGGUAUCCAUAAAGUCACAAAAAUUAAUGAUAUUGGUAAUGAUAAAGAGUUUUCGAUUGAGUUUCUUAAGCGCCGGUAAAAUUUACAUUUUUUCUUUGGAGAGCUUCACUACGGUAAAACAAAAAUCAUUACAAGCAAAUAUUGCUUUGCAAGAGCUUUUUUCACAAUAUACGUGACGCUUAUCUAUUUUAAAGAUUUUACAAACUUCGAUGUCAUACUGUAU